UCCCGUUAUUUCUUUUCUUACUUUAAGCGCCAUUUGUAUUUUGUUGGGGUCUAUUUUUAGUUCAUGGGUCGCGAAUUGUUUGAGAUAAUAAUAAUCGUUUCUGCUGCUUCUCUGGCUUCCGACGGAAGAUUGGAGCGAAAGGGUGCGGGAGUUUUAUGGGAAUUUCAUGGAAAUUUUGUAUAUCUUUUGGGCCGACGACCUGUGUGUUUCUCGGGAAAAUUGGGGGGUUUGAACGUUUACCCGAGACAGCAGUCUCUCAGCUUGAAGUGGGAUCGUUUGAGUUGAUGCAAGAAUUGUGUUUGAAUUUGGGUUUUCACUUUUGAACUUUAUAGUUAAUGAAAUUAGAUAAAAGUCUGGAUUUUGGGUGAGAAAAUGCAGUGCAAUGAUGUCUCUGUUCUUUGGAAAUGACUGGUUUCUUGCUUGUUUGGCUUCUGAGAAAAUGGGUGUUGGGAAAUGGGGUGAUUUUGAAUGUUUGAACGAAAUGAAAAGGAGGAAAAUGGAAGCUACUUUGAGUUCAUACCAUUUGGCAGGUCUAGCAGAGGGAACUGUUUGUUUCUCGGGAAAGAGGGAAGAAAAACCUCUUGCAGAAGAGAAUAUGUUAUGGUAUUGGUGGCCUUAUUAGCUUUGGAAAAAUUGCGUUUGCUUUAAAAGUUUCUCUCUCAAAGACGAAUGGUGUGGCUUUGAUAAAUUCAUGUUAUCACGUAAGUUAGUUGGAAAUUGCUGGAGAGGUAUUUCGGAAGAUCCUUUCUCUUGAGGAGCUCCAAGUCCAUCAAAAUAAGGGGGGAAAAGAUGUAACAUCAGUCCAGUUAGUCAAUGGAGGGAGAUCUUACAUCAGCUGUAAAAUUUACCAAAGAAUUUGUAUACUUUUCCAAAUAAAGCAAGUUCUGUACCUCUCAAAUUCAAUAAAAGCAAACAACAUGAUAUCAGCAAGUUGAUAAUAUUAUGUACAAGUCCAUGAUACAUUACAUUUUAGGUUCAUGUUCUGUUGUCAUGUGUUUCUUCCUUUUCACUUCUUUGGUUGCAAUUUAUAUUAAUCUAUGUUCUUUCAUGAGUUUUCAUGAGACGAACUUACUGGCACUCUGCAGUCAUAUCUUUUGUUGUUUCACUGAUUUGAGGGUUGACCAUCUAUUAACGCUAAUCAUGCAUAUUUCAUCAUGGCCUCUCAGCUACUUACCGUCCUUUCGGUUUGCCCCUCAGGAGGUUGACUUGCCGGAACAUCAGAAGACAUAAAAAUCCUGAUGGUCCGUGAGAAAGAUAUUUGUUGGGAAUAUGCUGAGAAAUUAGAUGGUAACAAGGUAAAGUGCAAAUUUUGUCUUAGAGUUUUGAAUGGCGGAAUUAGUAGAUUGAAGCAUCAUUUAUCUCGAUUGCCAAGUAGAGGCGUAAAUCCAUGUAGUAAAGUGAGGGACGAUGUAUCUGAUAGAGUGAGGGCCAUACUAGCGACUAGGGAGGAGAUCAAAGAAACUACCAGUGGAAAAAAACAAAAGUUAGCUGAAGUCAAGACUGUUGAAAAUGCAUCAUCAAUGUGUAAAUCUGUUAUUUCAAUGGAGCCCCCAUCUCCAAUUGCCAAAGUUUUUCCCACUGUUACUCCCAUGGCUCCUCCAUCAUUACACAACCAUGAAAAUGCUGAGAAAAGCAUUGCUUUAUUCUUUUUUGAGAAUAAGCUAGACUUCAGUAUAGCUAGAUCUUCUUCCUAUCAACUAAUGAUUGAUGCCAUAGGGAAAUGUGGCCCGGGAUUUACGGGCCCUUCUGCCGAAACCUUGAAGACCACAUGGCUGGAGAGGAUCAAAACUGAAGUGAGCCUUCAGUCAAAGGAUAUUGAGAAAGAGUGGGCUACCACCGGCUGCACAAUCAUUGUAGACACAUGGACCGACAAUAAAUCAAGAGCUUUGAUUAAUUUUUUGGUUUCAUCUCCAUCCCGAACCUUUUUUCACAAAUCCGUCGAUGCAUCCGCAUAUUUCAAGAAUGCAAAGUGCCUUGCUGAUUUACUUGAUUCUGUCAUUCAAGAUUUUGGCCAUGAAAAUGUAGUGCAGAUAAUCAUGGAUAGUAGUUUCAACUAUACGGGUAUUGCUAAUCAUAUCCUUCAGAAUUACGGAACUGUAUUUGUGUCCCCCUGUGCUUCCCAGUGUUUGAAUUCAAUUUUGGAGGAGUUUUCAAAGGUAGACUGGGUAAACAGAUGUAUCUUGCAAGCACAAACCAUAUCAAAAUUUCUAUAUAACAGUGCCUCAAUGCUUGACCUGAUGAAAAGGUUCAACGGCGGUCAAGAACUCAUUCGGACUGGGAUAUCAAAACCCGUUUCAAGCUUCCUGUCUCUGCAGUCUAUUCUGAAGCAAAGGUCAAGAUUGAAGCAUAUGUUCAACAGCCCUGAAUAUACCACAAAUUCUUAUGCAAAUAAACCGCAGAGCAUUUCUUGUAUCGCCAUUAUAGAAGAUAAUGAUUUCUGGAGAGCAGUGGAAGAAUGUGUGGCCAUAUCUGAGCCUUUCUUAAGGGUGUUGAGAGAGGUAUCCGGGGGAAAGCCUGCUGUUGGAUCUAUAUAUGAGUUAAUGACCAGAGCAAAAGAAUCAAUAAGAACUUACUAUAUAAUGGACGAGAUCAAGUGCAAGACAUUUCUCGAUAUCGUUGAUAGGAAGUGGCGGGACCAACUCCAUUCCCCACUUCAUGCAGCAGCUGCAUUUUUGAACCCGAGUAUUCAGUACAAUCCUGAAAUAAAAUUCCUUACCUCCAUUAAAGAGGACUUCUUCAAUGUUCUGGAGAAAUUGCUCCCCUUGCCAGAGAUGAGACGCGAUAUUACCAAUCAAAUAUUUACUUUCACGAAAGCGAAUGGGAUGUUUGGAUGCAGUUUAGCAAUGGAAGCAAGAGAUACAGUUUCACCUUGGCUUUGGUGGGAACAGUUUGGCGACUCGGCGCCCGUGUUACAACGAGUUGCAAUACGGAUUCUCAGUCAAGUUUGUAGUACUUUCUCUUUUGAGAGGCACUGGAACACAUUUCAACAAAUUCAUUCCGAAAAACGUAAUAAAAUCGACAAAGAAACGCUAAAUGACCUUGUUUACAUAAACUACAACCUCAAGUUGGCUAGACAUAUGAGAACAAAACCUGUAGAAUCUGAUCCUAUCCAGUUCGACGACAUUGAUAUGACUUCAGAGUGGGUAGAGGAGAGCGAAAACCCAAGCCCAACACAAUGGCUCGACCGAUUCGGUUCUACUUUGGAUGGGGGCGACUUGAAUACGAGACAGUUCAAUGCUGCCAUUUUUGGUGCAAGUGACCACAUAUUUAAUCUUUGAGAGCCAUUUUAACUUGCUACACCACAUUGUUUGCUUGUAAUCCUCCUCUUAGGCCUUGUAUUGUAUUCUCUUAUAAUUAGAGGCUUCAAUUUUUUUCAGUUUUGAUGUAAUGUAGUACUUGUAGCAUGAAAUUGUUCCUUGCUAUGUUGUAUAUAAAAUAUAAGUGAAGCUGAGUUAUGCCUU